AAUAGCGAUACUCCUAAAAGCUUUAAAUAUUAUUGGGAAGAAAUGCAUGUUCUUGAAAAUAGUAACACUUCUUUUUGCAAAAUUAGCAAAGUUCUUAUAGACCAAGCUGAAAACAGAGUAAACAAAAAGAAGUAUGAAGAUUUAGUUAGGAGAGUUCCUUUAGCUACCAAUAAUGUAACGAUUUUUCUAAAGAUAAAAAAAAAUAUUACACAUUACUUGUGUCCAAAUAUUGUACAAUACUUGGUUAGUCAAAUGAAAGAGUGUAUUUAUUAUACAGCAUUCUGUUCAAACAUUGAAGAAGUUGAGAAUACAUCAGCAAGUGAACUAUCUGGAAAUGAAUUUUUUGAAAAUGAGCUAGACAAUAUUCUUUCAUUUAUUAGUGAGAAUUAUCAGGAAUAUGUAAAUGAUGAUUUGGUAGACCAACAAUUGUUUUACGAGAAGGUUUGGGAAGAACUUAACAAAAUACAUCAAGUAGAUAUGAGUGAAAAAAAUGAAGAUCUUAACAAAGAAAAUAUAUGUCUGAAUGUUCAGUUUAAAAAUCUUAUAGUAGUUACUACCAAAG